GUUAUGUAAUUUGUGCAUAAAUAAAGUGCAAUUGCAGAAACUGAUUCAGUUUAUUAUCAAACACAGACAUGUUUCUUAAAAUUAUAUUUUUAGGUUUGUGCCUAAUAUUCAGUGUUUUUGGUUGGCGUGAUGAAUAUUUUCGAAAAAAUAAUUUAACGUUUGUGGUGGAACCCGAGGGCAUUUAUCGUCUUCUUGGCUACAGUCCUGCUGAGAAUUUAACAGCAGGAAUCAUCGCAAAUAUCGAAGAUGUGCAAACUUUGUAUUUGCUAGAUGAUUCGAUUCGGGAAAUUCAACCUGGAGCUUUCCAAGACUUGCCAAAACUCAAAAACCUCUUAAUACAAUACAAUGAGAUUUCGAAGAUCCCAGCAGGAAUUUUCAACAAUCUCCCUAAGUUGACGUAUCUGGAAUUAGGUGAUAAUGGAAUCUCAUAUAUUGACCCUCACGCUUUUGAUAAUUUGACUCGUUUGACCUCGAUUGGUUUGGGUAACAAUAAAUUGGAUAAAAUUGAUUCGCAUUGGUUUGAGGACAAACCUGCCCUUACAUAUAUCCAGCUCACCGGUAAUUUAAUCAAAAAGAUUUCCGCCGAUUCGUUUAAGAGUUUAAAAGGGCGAAAAUCGAUGUCUGUGUUUUUGGGAGAUAAUCCUGUGGAGACAAUCGAAAAUGAUGCUCUCAAAGGAUUUGAAGAAAUUUCAGUUUUGUCCUUGGAAAAUCUCAAUCUUACGUCUCCUGAAGCUUUUCUCCAAGGUCUCAAAAUCGGCACUUUAGAAUUCAACAGAAAUAAAUUUAAAUGUGUGGAAGAGGAAGCUUUUGAGCGUGUGUUUGUGGCUGAUACGACUGAAAUGAAGUCAAAUCCGCUGGAGGCCGAGUGUUUGAACAAAAUUCAACUUUGGGCCCAAAAACACAACAAAAUUGUUAUCUCACAGUAAUUUUCAUUUUACAGGUUUAAGGUUAUCUUUAAUUUCCAUAAAAUGUUAUUAAUUUGCUGAAACAUUCUAAGAAUUGCUGAAGUCUGUCUACCGGAUUACCGUUUCACUAUUUCCAGUUUCAAAUUUCAAAUGUUGUGUGUAAAUAAACAAAAUAUAUGUA